AUGCCCCUGACAAAAUUAGUUCCCGAUGCAUUCGGCGUGGUGACGAUAUGUCUAGUCGCUCUGCUAAUUCUUCUGGGUUUCCUUUGCAUCGCUUACUCCUUCUAUUUCCAGUCUCACGUUCAUAGGCAAGGCUAUAUUCAACUUGGUUACUUCAGCGGUCCUUGGAUUAUCCGAAUCGUAUUCAUUCUGUUUGCUAUCUGGUGGGCUGUUGGUGAGAUUUUUCGAUUGAGUUUGUUAAGGCGUCACAGAAGGCUAUUGAGCGGGUUGGAUCUGAGAUGGCAAGAAAACGUCUGCAAGUGGUACAUCGUUUCCAAUCUAGGAUUUGCAGAGCCUUGCCUCUUUCUGACACUCAUGUUUCUGUUGCGUGCUCCCUUGAAGAUGGAAUCUGGGGCCCUGAGCGGAAAAUGGAACACGAAAACAGCGGGUUAUAUUAUUCUUUAUUGUCUCCCGAUGCUUGCACUUCAACUUGCGGUUGUCUUAUCUGAGUCACGCCUAAACGGUGGUAGUGGCUCUGUUGUAAAGCUGCCACACGAUUUCACAAGAACCUAUUCCCAUUUUAUUAUUGAUGAGGAGAAGGUUGCCUUGUGCACAUAUCCUCUACUGAGUACCAUACUUCUUGGUGUGUUUGCAGCCAUCCUAACUGCUUACUUGUUCUGGCUUGGAAGGCAGAUACUGAAACUUGUUAUUAAUAAGCGUCUACAGAAGAGAGUAUACACUUUGAUAUUCUCGGUUUCGAGUUUCCUCCCAUUAAGGAUUGUGUUACUCUGUUUGUCGGUACUCACAAGAGCAGACAAGAUUAUAUUCGAAGCCCUUUCUUUCUUGGCCUUCUUCUCACUCUUCUGCUUUUCAGUGGUUUCCAUUUGCUUGCUUGUCUACUUCCCGGUUUCGGAUUCAAUGGCCCUGAGAGGUCUAAGGGACAUGGAAGAAGAGGAUAGGACUGUGACUGAAGAACGCAGCGGUGCUCUGUUGCUUGCACCAAACAGUUCACAUAAUGAAGAGAGCUUGAGCUUAAGAGGUCGGAGAGAUUCGGGAUCUUCUUCACAGGAGAGGUAUGUGGAACUCAGCCUAUUUCUCGAAGCUGAAAACUAA